AUGACCGACUCAACCAACAAACCCUCAGAAGAACCCAAGGAGCUUCCAAAGAAACAGCUACUUCGGCAACAAGGAGAUUUGGUCAUCCAAGGGUACAAAGAUCUGGCCGACAAAACUGGCUCAUUUCUUGACAAGCAUGAUGAGCGAUAUCGUGCAAGCGUGUCUAGUACACUGGCUAGUGUCCAAAAUGCUGUCUCGAUCGACCAACCUCAGUUGAAAAAACGCUUACUAGUGAAACUACAAUCAAGCCUUCUACCCCAGCUUCAACAACAAAUAAUUACCACUUUACGGCUAACGAACCCAUACGACUUGACAAAAGACCCAGGCUCACAAUUCAAAUGCAUCUUGGAGGUCCAGGCCGAACUCAAUCCCAUCUUGGAUCAAAUAUUCUCUACGACCGAUGUUUUAUGUCCGGAACCGUUGCCAUCCCCAUCUAUCCGAACAAACGACCAGUACCUCAAAGAGCUCAAACCCUUCAGGAUCUACGGCCUGUAUCAUCAUCUUAUGGCCUUUUUUCUAGAGCAAAUUCAUCACGUUUUUAGUGAAUCCAGUGAUCUCAUUCAACAGCUGAAAUUGGCAACCAAAAAGUACCAGGGCAAGGUUGAUCUAGCUUCCGCCCGAGACUACUUGAAUGAAGAAGGGGAUCACUGUUUAGAGUUGAUUGAGAGCGCCAUAAACUGGCUAGAAGGAUCCGAGUUUGAUGUCGUCCAAAUCGAUUGGCGGAACGAGAAACGUGGUAUCGAUGAACAACUGCAAGAGCUCUUGGGGAUGAUCAAUCCCACGCCACCCUUAAACGAGGAAAACAAUCCGUCAGGUACACAACCGCUCAGUGAACCCGUUGUCAACCUCGCAAAAUCGGUCUUACUCGUCAUCAAGCUCUGCAGACUUUUUUUCAACAAGCUAUCGGAACGGGGAAUGAACAGAAAGCGCUUGCCACUUUUCACAACAAUGUGUUCCUAUCAACUGGAUCUCAUCAGUAGAUUAGCUGAAGAGAUUGACGGAAACCUCGGUAGGAUCUUGAAGAUCGUACGAGCAGCCGAUACGAUCCUCGAUGAAAAUACCACUGAAUCACUGACAAAGACAGUCAAAGCACUCGAAACUCACUUCGAAACGCCUCUUCUGCUCAUCCUCCUUCACUUUCUUCCGAUCAUCCCAGAUACCGUCGGCAAUCCUGUUCAGAAUUACUUCAAGGAAUGGUUCGCUAUCUGGAACACACAAUUCACCCUAGCAAUUAAGAAUCUCUUGGAUGCUAUUGAAUCAUACGAAGGCAAUUUUGAAUAGUGUUUCAACUCCUUUUCUCCUUGGGUUCUUGUUUCAAAAAUAGACCUGCCUGGGCAUUUCAACAGCUCGGCUCAACUACCCAAGUAGAGAUAUAUUCCAAUUUAGCAAGUCCAAGUAUUGGAGGUGUUGGUGAUAGCCAAACCGCAGCUUCUCAAUACUAUGUAAGUAUGGAUAACUAGUAAUCCUUACAUACACUCCCAACCACAAGCCAC